AUUACACCACCUCGCUACUGCAGCCUGGUGAGAGGCUGGAGCCAGUACAGAUUUCAGAUACCGGUUACAAGCCAGCGGUAAGGAUUAGGACUUCAAGUGUCCGUUCUUAGAACAGUAGGAACAAUUUGCUUUACCAUAGUACUUUAACAUUCUCAUCCAACGGGUGUCGCUGCACUUAUUUUAUUCGUCUACGCCCCACUGUUGAUACAAGAGGAGUCAAGACUGACGUACCACAAAAAAUGUCAGUGGUGGGAUUUGACUUGGGCUUUCAAAGCUGCUAUGUAGCUGUAGCCCGAGCAGGAGGAAUCGAGACAGUCGCCAAUGAGUACAGCGACAGAUGUACACCGUCAUUUCUGUCAUUUGGACCAAGAAAUCGAUCAAUAGGAGCAGCUGCCAAGAGUCAGGUGGUGACAAACUGUAAAAAUACAGUGCAGGGCUUUAAGCGAUUCCAUGGCAGGGCAUUUUCAGACCCCUACAUCCAGUCAUCCAAGUCCAAGCUUGUGUAUGACUUGGCACAGAUGCCUUCUGGAUCCACUGGUAUAAAAGUGGUUUACAUGGAGGACAGCAUCGAACAGGUCACUGGCAUGCUGCUGAACAAACUGAAGGAGACUGCUGAAAGUGCACUGAAGAAGCCAGUGGUGGAUUGUGUGAUCUCUGUCCCGAGUUAUUUCACUGAUUUAGAGAGGAGAUCUGUCAUAGACGCAGCUCAGAUUGCAGGCCUCAACUGUCUACGGCUAAUGAAUGAGACGACUGCUGUGGCUCUGGCAUAUGGCAUCUACAAACAGGACUUGCCAGCCCCAGAAGAAAAGCCCAGAAUAGUGGCAUUUGUGGAUGUGGGCCACUCCGGUUACCAGGUGUCAGUUUGUGCGUUCAACAAGGGAAGGCUCAAGGUUCUGGCUACUGCUUUUGAUUCAGAACUGGGCGGCAAAGAUUUUGAUGAUAUUUUGGUCAACUACUUCUGUGAGGAGUUUGCAAAGAAGUACAAACUGGAUGUCAAGACAAAACCUCGGGCUCUGGUGAGACUUUACCAAGAGUGUGAGAAGCUCAAAAAGCUGAUGAGUGCAAACUCCUCCGACAUACCACUCAACAUUGAAUGCUUCAUGAACGACAUUGAUGUUUCCAGUAAACUCAACAGAGGUCAUUUUGAGGAGAUGUGUGCGGGGCUGCUGGCCAAAGUGGAGGGUCCCCUACGCAGUGUUAUGGAACAAGCAAAACUGAAAAAAGAAGACAUCUAUGCAGUGGAGAUUGUUGGAGGUGCUUCCAGAAUCCCUGCCAUCAAAGAGCGAAUCAGCAAAGUCUUUGGAAAAGAACUGAGCACUACCCUGAACGCAGACGAGGCCGUGGCCCGAGGCUGUGCUCUUCAGUGUGCUAUUCUGUCACCAGCCUUUAAAGUCAGGGAGUUCUCCAUCACAGAUGUUGUUCCCUACUCUAUCUCCCUGAAGUGGAAUUCAGAUGCUGAAGAAGGACUAGGUAAUUGUGAAGUUUUCCCAAAGAACCAUGCAGCUCCCUUCUCCAAAGUUUUGACCUUCUUCCGGAGCGAACCCUUUACCCUUGAUGCCUUCUACAGCAACCCCAAGGAGCUGCCCCACCCCUGCACCAAUAUAGGACAAUUCCUGAUCCAGAAUGUGGUUCCUCAGGCGUCUGGUGAGAGUGCAAAAGUCAAGGUGAAAGUUCGUGUCAACAUCCACGGUUUGUUCAGUGUCUCAGGUGCGUCACUCGUGGAGGUCGUGAAAACAGCUGAGGGUGAGGAGCCAAUGGAGACAGACCAGGCAGUAAAAGAGGAGGAGAACAAAAUGCAGGUGGACCAAGAGGAUCAGAAGCCUCAGUCUGGGGAAAAUGGAGACAAGAAAUCUGAGACAGAGGAGAUGGAGACGACAACAGAGGAUGCCAAGCAGGAGAAGAAGAACGACCAACCCCCUCAGGCCAAAAAGCCCAAAGUGAAAACAAAGUCAGUGGAGUUGCCCAUAGAGAGCAAUUUGCACAAGCAGCUGUCCAGUGAUCUGCUAAAUACGUUUGUUGAGAAUGAGGGUAAAAUGAUCAUGCAGGAUAAACUGGAGAAAGAGAGAAACGACGCAAAGAACAACGUGGAAGAGUACGUGUAUGACAUGAGAGACAAGCUCCAUGGUGUCCUGGAGAAGUUUGUGAAUGAAGCUGAUCGUGAUACAUUCUCUCUGAAACUGGAGGACACAGAAAACUGGCUGUAUGAAGAUGGGGAGGACCAACUGAAACAGGUUUACAUUGAUAAACUGGCUGAAUUGAAGAACUUGGGUCAACCCAUCCUACUCAGAUAUUUGGAGUCUGAGGAGAGGCCAAAGGCUUUUGAGGACCUUGGCAGACAAAUCCAGAUGUACAUGAAGAUCAUCGAAGCUUACAAGGCAAAGGAUGAGCAGUACAGUCACUUAGAUGAGCUGGAAGUGACUCGAGUCGACAAGCAGGUGAACGAUGCAAUGGUCUGGAUGAACACCAAGAUGAACCAGCAAAACAGUCAGGGCCUCACCCUGGACCCAGUGGUUAAAGUUGAGGAGAUCAAGGCCAAGACCAAGGAGCUUUAUCAAGCCUGCAAUGCUGUGGUGUCCAAACCCAAGCCCAAAGUGGAGCCACCGAAGGAGGAGAAGACAGAAAAUGGACCAGUAAAUGGACAGGAGGGCUCAGAGAACCACUCACCCAACCCAGAGAAAGCCACGCCUGCAGGAACGGAGAAGGACACUGCAGAGAACAAACCUCCUGAAAUGGACAUUGACUAACAUAUCAAGUGUUAUCCUUGUCCUGCUACUCGCUCCUGAUCUGUUGUUCUUCUGAGAUUGUCGUUGUUCACAAUGUAGCGUCUCUUUCGCUUGUUCUCUUCCUCUCUCUCUCUCUCUCUCCCUCUCUCCCUCUCCCUCUCUCUCAAAGAUAGACAGACAGUAGCAGCAUCCUUAAUCAGUGCAGUUCCAUAAGCCUCCUCAACCUGUCAUUUGUUACCUUCUUUUAAUACAGCACAAUAUUGCGUAAUGUUAAUAAUUGACAGAUUUCUUAAUGGCAUCAAAGUUGUUUGUGGAAUGGGAACUUUCUCUGUUAUUCUUUGAUAAGUUAAGUUACAGAUUAGUUCUGGCUGAUUAGUUAAGCCAUUUCUGAACACCAGGAAUGUCAUGUUUCAUAAAAUCAAAGUAAAACUCUUAGAUAGAAUAAGGUAAAGACACAGAGACUAUGUAAACACCUGGGUUAUUUCAUAUUUUCGGAAAAUUGUAACUGCUGGGUCGUCAUGUUACUAUCAUGCAGUAUUUAAAUGUUUGGCUUUCCUCAUUCAAAAGCUACGAUCCACUGUUUCGGUUCUCUGGUAGCCUUGUGUUGCUUUUUUUCUACAUAAAUGUGAACAGUGCUUUAACAAAUCACCUUCCAGGUGCUGCUGUUGGUACCAUGUCACGAUGCAAAAAUAAAAAAAAAUCAUACAAA